AUGGUCGAGAAACAUCGCAUUGAAUACAACUGGAUCAAGGGUGUGGAAACACUCGAAGAAUAUCAGCCUGGGGGUUAUCAUCCGAUCAUGGUCGGGGAUGUGCUACAUGGCCGAUAUUACAUUGCCGACAAACUUGGCUUUGGGGGCUAUUCGACGGUUUGGCUUGCCCAAGAUACUCAUCUAAAGCGAUAUGUUGCUGUCAAGGUCAACAUAGCAGACUCGUGUCCGCGCGAGACGAAAGCCCUCAAGGCUUUGUCUGCUCCGCUCCCGUCGUCUUCGCCUACACACCCUGGGCAUUGUUUAGUACCUGCUCUCCUGGAUGAAUUCCAAGUGCAAGGUCCUAAUGGAAAACAUACAUGCUACACGGUGACCCCUGCACAAUGCAACCUCAGAGAAAUAUCCUUCAGCCGUCUCUUCCCCCUCGAAGUGGCUCGAGCACUAUCAUAUGGACUUGCGCAGGCCGUUGCCUAUACACAUUCGCAAGGCUAUGUUCAUGGAGAUAUUCAUUUAAGCAACAUUUUGGUCAAGCUCCCGUCAAGUUUCGAUGACCUUUCUAUCCAGCAAUUAUAUGAAAAAUACGGCGAACCUGAGACAAUCCCCGUCACACGAUGCGGUGGGAAACCAUUACCCCCUAAUGCCCCAGCCGAGGCAGUUGUACCGCUGUUCCUAGGGAAAUACGCAGAGAAGUUCUCUUUAUCCGACGCGCACCCACUUCUAAGUGACUUUGGUGAGGCAUUUUCCCCCGCUUCGGAGGCUCGUCUUGGGCAAGACUGCCAUACGCCACCUGCGUUUCGAGCUCCAGAAGCCAAAUUCGAAUCGCAGACCCCGCUCUCAUAUCCCUCGGACAUCUGGAGUCUGGCUACGGCAAUCUGGGAGAUCAUCGGAAUGAAGGCCGUUUUUAGCACCGAUUUUGUGCAUGAGGAUGAGAUAGUGUCUCAGCAUAUCGAUGUACUGGGACCUAUGCCUCUAGAUUGGUGGCAGCGCUGGGAAGGACGACCUGAAUAUUUCGAUGAGUAUGGGUGUCCAAUAGAGUCCUACAGGGAAAAUAGAUGGCCUUCGCUUGAGGAGUCAUUUGAGAUCGGUGUACAGAAAUGGAGACGGAAGUUAGGAGACGGGAUUGAGGAAGACGAGAAAGCUGCAUUUCUAGAUUUGAUCCGCCGGAUGCUGUCAUUCCGACCGGAAGAGCGACCGACUGCUGAAGAGGUACUAAAAUCGGAGUGGAUGGUCAAAUGGGCAUUGCCUGAUUACGAGCGGAGCUAA